GACCUCAUAAAGCGUGCGCGGGAGGCAUUUCCUUUAUUUGUUGGUUGUUCGCCCGGUGGUAGUGACGUGCGACAGCGGAGCAUCAUGCGUACGUUACUGAUUUCUAUGUUGUUUGCUUUAACAGCUUAUGCACAAAAUGACUCUCCUAUUCCACCGAGACUACAAAUACCAGGAGCCAUUCCUGUCGGAGGACCAGUCAGGCAAGGCGGCUUCAGGCAAGGAAGGAUAGCACCGGUACCUGGUUCAAUUCCUAGAGUAAGAAGACCAGGAUUUGCCAGACCGUCUUUUAAAUCCGUGGAUGCCUCACCUCGUCCAAAUCUUCAGUCACUUGAUGAACCUGCGAAACCUGUUACUGAAGAACCAGAAGAUGAAUACGAAAUUAACACUCCUACAGCUUUUUCGUCCAGCGGCUACUCUACACCCGAACCUCAAAAUGACUUCUACGACAUCACCACCACUUCUCAGCCAAAACCACCCAUAAUCUUUAACCCGUUCCCACAAUCUUCUCCUAGCCCGGUCAAGCUAGAUCCCAUCCGUCCCACGCAAUACAGACCGUCUUCACCCACACCUUUCAACCCUAUCAGAAACGAACCAAUUAACAAACCUCAACCUGCCAGAAUUCAACCACUUUCCAAUAGACCUCAACGACCUAUAUUCAGGCCUGAAACUAAGCCUUUUGUAGAAGAGGAAGAAGAAAUCCAGCCUGUCAGACAGUACACAAGACCUCAGGAGCCAAUCCGCGCCCCCGUCAGAAACACACAACAGAAGUACAACCCAACUAAUACAAGAGAAAAGAAACCAGUCGCUCAAAUUAUUCGUAAAUACAGAGAUGAAAACGAGGAUGGAAGCAUUACAUGGGGCUUCGAAAACGACGACGGUUCUUUUAAGGAAGAAACCAUUGGAAUAGACUGUAUUACCCGCGGUAAAUACGGUUAUGUCGACCCUGAUGGUCUUAAACGCGAAUACAAUUACGAAACUGGUAUCCUGUGCGACAAGAACAAGGAAGAAAAAGAUCAGAAGGGUUUUAUAGACUACCAAGAAAAUAAGGCUGUCCUACCCAAUGGUAUCACAAUAGAUCUCUCUGCCAUGGGUAAGAAAACCAAGAGACCAUUCAGGUCACCCGUCAAUCAUUAGAUUUAGGUAUUGUAUAUUUAUUUUAGGGACUAUUUUUAUAGUAGGUACAUUUUAAUUGUCAUUAAACUGUGUCGACAUUAACUCAAUUUGUUGUUUAUAAACAAGGAAUCUGUUAAGGUUUAUAAACCAACAAAUUAGGUGCAAUCAAAAUAAAAUUAUUA